AUGUACGCCUCACAGUUCUCUGAGAACAACGCAACAAUGAACGAACCAACCGAGACCAAGGAUGAGGUGAAGGAUAUCGUCGAGGGCGGUCCGUCGAGAGCCAAUUCGGGCGAGGGUCGCGGGGAAGUACUUCAACAGUCGCGCGCCGAGUCGGAGAAGAGUAAGUCAACGCCAUCGACAGACCAAGGACGAUCAGGCGAGCAGGAGAAACACGAAAAGGUUAUUCAAUCGGCUGAAGAUGACUUCCCCGAAGGCGGCACGCGAGCAUGGUCAGUGGCGGCCGGCACAGCAGCCAUCUUGUUCUGCUCUCUGGGGUACACCAACUCAUUUGGCGUUUUUCAAGCGUACUACACGCGCCAUCAGCUUUCGAACCAUACGCCAGACGACAUAUCGUGGAUCGGAUCAAUACAGGCAUUCUUGGUGUUUGCGUCUGGUGCUAUAGGAGGGCCAAUCUUUGACCGUUAUGGCGCAUGGGUCAUUCGUCCCGCCGCGAUAGUAUACAUCUUCUCAGUGAUGAUGACGAGCUUGUGCAACGAGUAUUGGCAGUUCAUGCUCGCUCAAGGUGUGCUCAGCGGCUUAUCGAACGGAUUGAUCAUGUUCCCAGCAAUGGCCGCCACGCCUCAAUACUUCAAGAGGAGGAGAGGAGCAGCCAUGGGUCUCGCCAUUGCCGGCUCCUCGUUGGGCGCAGUCGUCUUCCCCAUCGUUCUCUCAGAGCUUCUGGACACGCUGGGAUUCGGUUGGGCCGUUCGCAUAUGCGGCUUCAUCAUGAUGCCAUUCCUCUUAUACUCGUCCGUCGCCGUCAGGGCCCGUCUUCCCCCUCGAAGGAGCCAGUUCUUCAUCUGGAAAGCUUUCCGACAGCCGCUGUUUCUGUGUCUCACUGGUGGCGUGUGCCUCAUGUUUGUGGGCAUGUUCAUCCCCUUCUUUUACUUGCCGACAUUCGGUAUCGAUCACGGCUUGAGCCCGUCACUGGCGUCUUAUUUGGUGGCAGUCAUUAACGGAGCCUCGAUCCCCGGCCGCAUCAUUCCAGGCGUCCUCGGCGACAAGUUUGGUCGCAUCAACAUCUUAUUCACUGCAGGACUGUUAACCGCCAUCUCGAUUCUCUGCUGGCCCAAGGCAGUGACUGAGGCUGGAAUCAUUGGCUUUGCCGCAGCGUAUGGUCUCACUUCUGGCGCCAUCAUCUCAGGAGGGUCCGUGGUCUUCACCCUGUGCCCAAAGACGCCGAAGGAUAUCGGCACCUAUAUGGGAAUGGGCAUCGCAUUCGCAUCAAUUGCUGUGUUGAUUGGGCCACCGGUCAGCGGCGCGUUGCUCAAUCGGUACCACGGUUACGACCAGAUUUCCGUGUUUGGCGGCGUCAUUUGCAUGGUCGGGGCGGUUCUGACGCUUUGCGCAAAGCUGUUCACUACUGAGGGUCUUUUAGGAUUUGUCUGA